AUUAUCAAAGGCUCAUCCAACCAUGACAUACUCGUACAUCGUGCUGGCUGCAGCUCUCUGCACUCUGUCCCUCUCAGGGGCAUCAAGGAUUGUUGGAGGUCGAGAAGCCAGAGCUCAUACCAGACCAUACAUGGUAUCGCUACAGAUCAGGGGACAACAUUUCUGUGGAGGGUCCCUGAUCAAUCCAAAAUGGGUGCUCACCGCUGCACAUUGCAUGGAAGACACGCCUGUGGACAUAGUACGUGUGGUACUUGGUGCUCAUAACCUGCGCGCACCUGAUCGUUUAGUUCAGGUGUUAAGUAUCCAGGACUCAUUCCAACACCCGGAAUACAACCCCACCACUUUUCGGAAUGAUAUCCUCCUCCUAAAGUUGAACAGUUCAGCUACCAUCACCUCCUCAGUAAUGAAUAUCAGUCUUCCUGACAUCAACUCAGAAGUGGGUCCCGGCUCCCGUUGCUCUGUGGCUGGUUGGGGCACAAUAACUGAUUUUGGGACAUUACCCAGAGCUCUGAUGGAAACAGAUGUAAAUGUGAUCAGUGGUGCUGCCUGCAAUGUGUCUUGGCCACAGGGUAUCUAUAAUAGCAUGCUGUGUACUGCUACUCCUGGAAAUAGGGUCAGGGGCUUCUGCUCUGGUGACUCUGGAGGCCCCCUUGUCUGCCAAAAUCGUGUUGAAGGAGUGGUGUCUUUUUCUGGAUUUCGCUGUGGAAACCCCAGAACCCCAGAUGUGUACACACGCGUCGCAUCCUUUCUGUCUUGGAUAGAGAAAGUGAUAAUAAGAUCUUCAUAGAAGCAAUCACAUGGAAAUAAUUAUAAUAGAUGUCUCCUGUUUUGGAAUGUUAUUAUAAAGUUGUGCUGCUUGUAUCCUUGUAUUUUAAAUGAACAGCUAUCAGAAAAGAGAUUUGUGUAGUUUUAAGGUGGCCAUCCACUACUCAGACUUGUCUGAACUGCAGAUAGCAUCAGAUUUCUCUUGAACUCUCCCGGGAGCGUCCCGGGAAUCGGAUCAGACCCUGGCUUUAAUUUUCAUUACAUUCACUUCAGAUAUAUCUGAUGCAAUAGAUCAUGUGCCAGAUCGCAUCAGAUAUAUCUGAUGCACACAUGCUACAUGUGAUUUAUCUGCUGCUGCUGCUGCCGCUGUUCCCCCUCUUGGUGGGUGGGAAUGGUCAGGGAGAUGCCAGUCAAGUGACGCUUCAGAUGAAUCUGAUCAGAUACAUCUGAAGUAAAAAACACAAUCCGAUGUGCACCUGCUUUCUACAGAUUCAGAUAAAUAGUUGGGGCAGCCUCAGAGAUCUGUAGUUCAGACACAUCUGACACGGGAGUGAGCAUUGGAUCUGAAUAGCCAUACAAUGUGACACUUUUCUUCAGAUAUGACGGUCAGAUGCAUCGAAAUCUGAAGAAAACUGCCCAAAUCUGACUAGUGGAUGGGGGCCUUAACUGUAAUGCACAUUAGCCUGCUUCUGGGGAAGUGGGAAUAAAUCAAAAGGACACAUUUACAAAUAA